UUCCCCCUCUCUCCACACCAAACCUUCUCUGGCUCUCUGACCUCAGUGAGAUUACAGCCAGUCUGGGGACCCAGGAGAGACAUGGAGAAAGAGAUGGGGGACCCCUGGCUGGAACAGACCAACAGAUUAGGCAACUAUGGCUGGAGAAUCCGGUAUCAGAGUAAUGUUUGACCUCGGGAAACACCAAAUUUCUUUUUCCAGUCACAGAACUGCCUGUCGAAAUUCACUAAGUAGGAGGUUCAUCAGCUGGGAAGAACCCGCGCCUGGGGGAAUCUGGCUGGAUAGGUAUGGGGGAUCUUAGUCCCUGGCCCCCCCAUGGCGGUCCCCCAACUCUAAGCAUCCUCACUCUACUGCUGCUCCUCUGUGGACAGGUUCACUCCCAGUGCAAGAUCCUACGCUGCAAUGCCGAGUACGUCUCGUCCACUCUGAGCCUUCGGGAAGGGGGCUCUCCGGGCUCGCCGCGUGGAGGCGGCCGUGGUGGGCUGGCCUCAGGUGGCUUGUGUCGCGCCCUGCGCUCCUAUGCGCUCUGCACUCGGCGCACAGCCCGCACGUGCCGCGGGGACCUCGCCUUCCACUCUGCGGUGCACGGCAUCGAGGACCUGAUGAUCCAACACAACUGCUCUCGCCAGGGCCCCACGGCCCCGCCCCCGGCCCGGGGCCCCGCCCUUCCCGGAGCUGGCCCAGCACCCCCGACCCCAGACCCCUGUGACUACGAGGCCCGGUUUUCCCGGCUGCAUGGUCGGGCCCCGGGCUUCUUGCAUUGCGCCUCCUUCGGGGAUCCCCAUGUGCGUAGCUUCCACCACCACUUUCACACGUGCCGAGUCCAAGGAGCUUGGCCCCUGCUGGAUAACGACUUCCUUUUUGUUCAGGCCACCAGCUCCCCCGUGGCAUCGGGGGCCAACGCUACCACCAUCCGGAAGAUCACCAUCAUAUUUAAGAACAUGCAGGAAUGCAUUGACCAGAAAGUCUACCAGGCCGAGGUGGACAAUCUUCCUGCAGCCUUUGAAGACGGUUCUGUCAAUGGAGGCGACCGACCUGGGGGCUCGAGUUUGUUCAUUCAAACUGCUAGCCCUGGGAGCCAUGUGGAGAUCCGAGCAGCCUAUAUUGGGACAACUAUAAUCAUUCGACAGACAGCUGGGCAGCUCUCCUUCUCCAUCAGGGUAGCUGAGGAUGUGGCGCGGGCCUUCUCCGCGGAGCAGGACCUACAGCUGUGUGUUGGCGGCUGCCCUCCGAGUCAGCGACUGUCCCGCUCAGAGCGCAGCCGCCGUGGGGCUAUAGCCUUCGAUACUGCCAGAAGGCUGUGUAAGGAAGGGCUUCCGGUGGAAGACGCCUACUUCCAGUCUUGCGUCUUUGACGUUUCAGUCUCUGGCGACCCCAACUUUACGGUGGCAGCUCAGACAGCUCUGGACGAUGCCCGAGUCUUCCUGCCGGAUUUAGAGAAAUUGCAUCUUUUCCCCGCAGAUGCAGGGCCUCCUCUCUCCCCAGCAACCUUCCUAGUCCCACUCUUUUCGGGCCUCUUUGUUCUAUGGCUUCUGUAAGUAGGCCAGCAACCCCGUGACUAGUCUGGAACCGAUUUGAGGGUAGAGCUUGGCGUGAGAAAACACUAAGAUGUGCCAGAGGAAACAGUGGGGACAGGGAGAUACAGGAGACAAAGACACUCACCUAGAAUCAGAUGGGGCCCCGCAGUCAGAGCUGCCAUGAUCCCAGAAUAAGAAUUCUGGGCCAUGGUUUUGCAUUCCGGACCGUGGUAGGAGCUCGUCACCAUGAACUUCCCCGGCCUUACAUACAUCUGAAGUCACUCCUACAAACCUAGAUUGUAAGAGUGCUGGUAAUCAGCAAAACACUCAAGGGUUGGGAUCUCUUAAAGGCAGUAACUAAAAGUAGGAAGAUGAGAUUGUCUUUAAGAGAGUCCAAAGAGAAGAAAAUAAUUAAGGAGAGCUUUUGGAUUCAGAAAUUAAGCGGGCAUUGUGUAGCUCUAGGACAAAGGAAGUCAACUUUUGGAGACUAGUACCAGUACAGAAACUGGCAUCCCCACCCCCUACCAAUCUGUUAUUAAAGCUAUGAAUUCUCCACACUGA